UCGUCUUCUCUUCAAACAAAUCUUAAACUCCCCCGACUCCCCUCCACUUGUAUUUGGUCUUCCUUUUUCAGUCUCAAACCCCUUUUUAUUGCCUAGUCCAUUGCACAUUUCUUUGAACUUCUCUCUCUCUCUCUCUCUCUCUCUCUCUCUCUCUCUCUCAAGGUAUAUGGCUAAAGGAAGUGGACUCUCCUUUGAUUCAGAUCACAUCCAGUUCUUCCCACACAAGCCCACAGUCAUCAAUUCUUUUCCAGAAGACAAAAACAACCACCAUCACCACCAGUUCUACCACCACAGGUUAAAGCUUGAACCACUUAUGGAAGGCACAGUCAACAACAGGUCAUCAUCACCACCGCCCACUAUUCAGUUCCCGGUGAACCUUAACUGCACCCAUGAUCAAGAACGUCCAGGCCCGUCUGAUGAUAAACGGACGGUCAUCGAUGAGAUGGUAUUUUUUCCCAGUAAAAAAGAUGAUCAUCAUCACUUUAAGGCAGACACCACCAUUGAAGAUGAAAAAGAUUGGAAUACACAUGAUGGAUUGGAUUUCAAAGUGAAUACUGGUCUGCACCUUCUCACUGCAAAUACUAGCAGUGAUCAGUCAAUAGUGGACGAUGGAGUAUCACCAAACUCAUAUGAAAAAAGAGCAAAAAGUGAGCUUGGGGUUCUUCAAGCGGAGCUUAACCGAUUGAACACGGAGAACCACCGUCUGAGAGAGAUUCUCAAUCAGGUUAACAAGAAUUACAACACUCUUCAGAUUCAUCUGGCUACACUGAUGCAGCACCAUCAAGAUCCCAAACCCAAAAACACCGAUCAAGAACACGAUUGUAAAGUUGAAGGCAGUCCACACAAUGGUCAUGGAGGACUAAUGGUACCUAGACAAUUCAUGGAUCUUAAGCGUGCUUGUGUCGCUGAGACAGAUGAGCACUCGCUAUCUUCGUCUGAGGGACGAAGCCAUGAGCGUUCGCGAUCACCGGUGAAUAAAACCGAUAAGGAAUUUAGUAUUAGAGAGAAUGGAAGAGAUGGUAGCCCAGAGCAAGGCUCUCAAGAUUGGGGUCCAAACAAGGUCCCUAGAUUGAACCACCCUUUGAAAAAUGUUGAUCAAGAAGCUACUGAGGCCACGAUGAGGAAAGCCCGAGUCUCGGUUAAGGCCCGAUCAGAGGCUCCCAUGAUCUCAGAUGGAUGCCAAUGGCGAAAAUAUGGACAGAAGAUGGCGAAAGGAAACCCGUGUCCUCGAGCUUAUUAUCGGUGCACCAUGGCCACCGGUUGCCCAGUUCGUAAACAAGUUCAAAGAUGUGCCGAUGAUCGAACCAUCCUGAUAACAACAUACGAAGGCAACCACAACCAUCCACUGCCUCCAGCCGCGGUGGCAAUGGCGUCAACAACAUCAUCCGCCGCAAGAAUGUUACUUUCAGGAUCAAUGCCAAGUGGGGAUGGCCUAAUGAACCCCAAUUUCCUAGCCAGGACACUCCUACCUUGCUCAUCAAACAUGGCUACAAUUUCUGCCUCGGCUCCAUUUCCUACAGUCACAUUAGACCUAACCCAAAGUCCCAACCCAUUACAAUUCCAAAGGCCACAAAAUCAAUUCCAAGUACCUCAAAUUCUUGCUGGCACACCAGCCUCACUUCUGCCUCAGAUUUUUGGGGAGGCACUAUAUAAUCAAUCCAAAUUUUCCGGCCUACAGAUGUCUCGGGACAUGGAAGCCGCUCGGUUAGCCCACCAAGCUCCACCACCACCAAUACACCAAGCACAGCAGAAUUCAUUGGCUGACACUGUCACCGCCCUCACCGCCGAUCCGAAUUUUACUGCAGCUCUAGCAGCAGCCAUAACUUCACUCAUUGGCAAUUCUCAACCAAACAAUUGCGCUAAAAGUAAUACCAAUGUCACAACCACCACCAGCCACAACAAUGGCAGCAUAACUACUAGCAACAACAAUAGCCAUGGCAACAAUAUAGUCCGAAAUCCGAUUUUUCCAGGUAAUUGA